AUGUUGAAGUUUUUUUAUAUUAUAUUUUUUCUAUCGAUAUCUAAUGGUUUACAAUCGCUAUUCUAUGAUACAGAUUCAUUUGGGUUUGACUGUUUACAUUAUUUCUCAUCUAAGUCAUCGUUUUUUGGAAUAGUUAAAUAUUGUAUUCGUCCAAAUAACGACAAGAAUUUGACGGUAAUUCACUUUUUUAAUGUAUCUGGUCAAUAUGUAACUUUCAAUGAAUUAUAUCAUCUGAAUGUUACUUCAUAUGAUAUUCUUCUAUGGUCGUCAUCGAUUGAUGUCGCUGAACAAUAUCAAUAUUAUCUUGAUCAACCAUUUCAAUCUAAUCUAUCGAAUGAAACGUUUUUUAAUUGUACACGUCCAUGGUUUGGAUCUCGAUGUCAAUAUUCAUUGAAAAGAAACGAAGAUGAAUUCCUCCAAAAUUCAUUGGAAAUGGCUUCAACAGAUAAUAUAUUUCAACGAACGUGUUACAUUCUUUUAGAAUGUGAUCGUGGUGGUCCAUCGAUUUGUCUUGAUUGGCGUGAGAUAUGCAAUGGUCGAAUCGAUUGUCUAAAUAAUGGUAUUGAUGAAAUUGGAUGCUUUAAUUUAGAAAUAAAUGAAUGUAAUGACAAUGAGUAUCGAUGUCAUAAUGGGUUAUGUAUUCCAAAAAUCUUUUUGGAAAUAGAAUCUGUGGAAGCACAAUGUUUUGAUAGAUCGGACGAAAUUAUUAAGAUCAAUCGUCUUCUGAGAUUUUAUUAUCGACCACAUCUAUUCGAAUCUCAAGAAUAUGUAUGUCGACCUGACGAAGGCCAAUUUACGUGUGGUGAUGGACAAUGUGUAGAAGAUUUUGGUCAAUGUAAAAAUAAUCGACAUUUAGUAUUGACUCAAUCCUUUAGUAUUCAAGGAAAUUUAUCCUAUUCAUGUUGGAUAGCUAUGGUUUGUCUUAGCAAAAUCAUGAAUAAAAUCGAAAAUAUAACAUGUGAUCAGUUCAUACAAUCUUCUGCAAUCAUUGAAGACUUUAAAAACUGUACGUUUCCUCUUGAAUUUCCUGCUAUUCCUGUACUCUUCGGUCAUGUACGAUUUUUAUAUGGUCCAAAAGAAAUUGACUAUAUCAAUACAACAUCAGCCCUUAAACCUGAUUAUGUUUGUUAUGAUGAGCAAUUAUGUGAUUUUCUCACACCUACAUUUCGUCAUAAAAACUUCACCUGCCUGCACGGAAAUGAAACGGGGCUAGAUUCGAAUGUUGAAUUAACUACAUGGAAAUCUAUCAUAGAUUUAGUCAAACCAUACUUUAUUGGUUGUAUCACUCAACGUUAUCAAAACAUCAGUUCUCACUUUUCAUCAUUAUACCAUUGUAAGAAUUCAUCAAAAUAUAUUUCUAAAUAUCGAAUCGUUGAUGGUAUGCCCGAUUGUUUUCUAAAAGAUGAUGAACAAGCAUUUGAAUUGAGUUGUGUAUUAAAUCAAACGCUUCGAUUUCGAUGUCCAAAUGAGAAACAGUGUCGUUCACCUUUAGUUUUACCAAAUAUCUGUUCUCGUCCAACGGAUAUAAGUUAUGAGGAAAUUUUAUUUUAUCAAAUAUGCGAUCGUAUUGCGGAUUUGCCGUUGAUAUUGAUUAAUGGACAAAAUCAUUCAGAUGAGACGGAUUGUGAACAUUGGCAAUGCAAUAAUAUUUAUACACGAUGUGAUGGUUUUCGAAAUUGUUUAGAUGGAAAAGACGAAGAAAACUGUACUCAAUCAAUUUUGUUAAAUCAUUUCUUUUUCUGUACUUCGCCACAGAACUAUGCACAGAUGUGUUUACCAGCUGGUGAAAUCAUUAAUGGAACUGCUGAUUGUUUUGGAGCAUCAUCUGAUGAAUUUCAAUACUCUCAAACGAACAAAUUUCAUUGCUGGAAUGACACGAAAUGUACAGACAAUGAAGAUCUUUGCAAUGAAAAUCAAGAUUGUUUAGAGUAUGAUAACUAUCAAUUUUGUGUUGAUCGUCCACAAUUAUGUAAUGGUUAUAGUUUUGAUAAUCUUAUUAAUAUGCGGGAUAUUCCAUGUCGAAUCAUUAAUACAGCUUAUAAGUCUUUUUUAUUAGAUACUGCCUUAUUUUAUCCAAUCUCACAGACUAUUCCAACUAAUUCUAUUAAAAAUCAAAUCACUGACAAAAAGACAGAAUUGCUGAUUAAAAAUAGCAUACAGUCCAAUGUUUGUAAUUAUGGUUUACAUAUGUAUCAUCGACUUGGAGUCGGCAAUUAUAGUAGUCUAUGUUUUUGUCCACCAAAUUAUUAUGGUGAUCAAUGUCAGUAUCAAAAUCAACGUGUCAGUUUAACUCUCGUAUUGGCAACGGUCGAUCAGCCGAUUGUCUAUGCUAUUAUUGUUACCUUAAUGGAAGAUGAUAACGAUACACAAGGAAUUCAUUCGUACGAUCAAUUCACCUAUGAAUCAAAAUAUUGUGGUCGAUCUGUAGAUAUCUAUCUGUUAUAUUCAACACGAGGAAAGUAUAAUUCAAAAAAGUAUAGCAUUCGUAUUGAUGCAUUUGACAAGAGUUCAGUGACGUAUCUAUUAAGUUGGCAUUUAUCGAUUCCAUUUAUAUUUUUACCAGUUAAUCGAUUGAGUGCUUUUUUGACUAUUCCAAUAUCUCGACCAUCGAAUUUUAAUCAUUGUAAUUUUCAAUGUUAUAAAGGCACUUGCAUAAAAUAUCAUAAUGAAGAACGAUUCUUCUGUCAAUGUGAUUCAGGUUAG